GUUAUUGCAUCUGUCAAACAGCUCGUAAAUGAAGUUUCUACAUUCUUCAGUCAUUUCUCUUUCUUGUAUUCGGCAACAUCGUCGGUGCACUGCGAUUUCAAUUAUUUAAUUGAUUUUAUUGUGAAAUUUCCAACGAAAUGGCCCGUUUUGCUGCAUAACACAUGGGUGAAAUGCAACACUUUAGUUUGAAAUUGAUUGGCGAUAGUUUGGGUAAAUCGAGAAAGAGCAGCAAAAUAUUGAAAUUUAGAUCAAACAUACAUUGGUUGCUAAUGUAUUGAGCGUGUGUGUGUGUGUGUCAUAACUGAUAUAUAUGUCAUCAACACGGAGUGUGCGAGCAAAUCAAUUUUAUUUUCGGGUGUGAGUUCGGCGCGUUAGAUUGCAGCUAUUUUCCGUUCAUUUGCGCGAAAGUUUUCAUCGAAAAAGCAAAAACAAUGGCCAAUACUGGAGUACUGCCGUUCGUACGAGGCGUCGAUUUCACCAACAACGACUUUAGUGAAGGAAGAUUUCCAAAUGCCGUACGAUUAAUGAGCGGCGUACAAUGGCUAAAAUUAGACAAAACUCAAAUGACGGAGAUUCCGGAGGAAAUGGGCAAACUCAUGAAACUCGAAAAUUUAUCGUUGAAACACAAUCAACUUGAGAAAUUGUUCGGCGAAUUAACCGAAUUGACAUCGUUACGCUCUCUGAAUCUUCGACAUAAUGAUAUUAAAAGCUCGGGCAUUCCACCCGAACUGUUUGAACUGGAUGAACUGACGACAAUUGAUUUGUCGUUUAACAAACUGAAAACGGUCCCAGAUGGCCUGGCCAAAGCAAGAAGUCUUUUGGUGCUUAAUAUGAGUCACAAUCAAAUCGAGAGUAUUCCAAACUCGCUAUUCAUACAUUUGACUGAUUUGCUCUUUUUGGAUCUGUCGCACAAUAAGCUGGAAACGUUGCCGCCACAAACAAGACGUUUAACCAAUUUACAAACGUUGAUCCUAAGUGAUAAUCCAUUGGAAUUGUUUCAAUUAAGGCAAUUGCCAUCGCUUCAAAAUCUUGAGGUACUGCACAUGAGCAAUACACAACGAACGAUACAAAACUUCCCAACAUCAUUAGAUUGUCUAUCGAAUUUGGCUGAAUUAGAUAUGUCACGGAAUUCACUGCAAAAAGUGCCACUAUGUCUCUACAACAUGCCAAAUCUGCGUCGCAUCAAUUUAAGUGAAAAUGAAAUCACCGAAUUAUCGCCGGAACUUGAAUUUUGGAAGAAAUUGGAGGUGUUAAAUCUGUCACGCAACAAAUUAACUGCACUACCUCAGACGAUUUGCAAGCUAAGCCAACUGCGUCGACUCUACUUAAAUGACAAUCAGCUCGACUUCGAUGGUAUACCGGGCGGUAUUGGAAAGCUGGGAAAUUUAGAGAUAUUUUGGGCAUCAAACAAUUAUUUGGAAAUGGUACCCGAAGGCUUGUGUCGUUGUCCUGUUCUGAAAAAGUUGAAUCUGAGUUCAAAUCGUCUGAUCACUUUGCCGGAUGCCAUUCAUUUGCUAACUGAUUUGGAGCAACUUGAUUUGCGAAACAAUCCUAAUUUGAUCAUGCCUCCAAAGCCCGUGGAACUGCAAAAAGGUGCGGGUGUUGAGUUUUAUAACAUUGAUUUCUCUCUACAACAUCAGUUGCGUGUGGCUGGUGCUGCUGUUCCACCCGCAAUAGCAUCGACAGCAAAUACACCAAAAGAUUCGACUGCCCGGAAGAUUCGAUUGCGUCGUGGUCUUCGGAACGAUUCAACCGACAAAGAUGCUGCAAAAGUUCUGAAAGGAAUGAAAGAUAUCGCCAAGGACAAAGACAUGCAAUCUUUCGAUGAUGAUCCAAUUAUGGAGAGUUUGAAACCGAAACGAUGGGAUGAAUCAUUGGAGAAGCCGCCGCUUGAUUACUCAGAGAUUUUCGAAGAAGAUGAUGGUCAAAUUCCAGGUCUAACCAUUUGGGAAAUUGAGAAUUUUCUGCCGAAUAAAAUCGAUCAAGUGAUUCAUGGGAAAUUCUAUCAGGGCGAUUGUUACAUUGUUCUCAAGACGUUUGUCGAUGAACACGGCCAGUUGGGCUGGCAAAUCUACUUUUGGAUUGGUGCUGAGGCGACACUUGACAAACGAGCCUGUUCGGCCAUUCAUGCGGUUAAUUUGCGAAAUUAUCUCGGUGCUCGGUGUCGUACGAUUCGUGAGGAGCAAAAUGAUGAAUCGGAUGAAUUCCUUGCUCUUUUCGAUACACCAAUUACGUACAUCGAAGGUGGUCGAACAACAACUGGUUUCUAUACCGUUGAAGAUGUGAUGCACAACACGAAAAUAUAUCGAGUACAUGGGAAUGGUGCUUCAAUUCACUUGGAACCGGUUCCAAUGGAUGUGGACUCUUUGGAUCCACGCUAUACAUUCAUCAUCGACACGGCUGACAAAAUCUUCAUGUGGUAUGGCCGAAAAUCAAAGAACACAAUCAAAUCAAAAGCACGCCUGUUUGCCGAGAAGAUCAAUAAAAACGAGCGCAAAAGCAAACUGGAUAUUGCAAUGGAAAAUCAAGGUGAAGAGAGUGAAGACUUUGUAAAAUUGUUCCAAAUCGAAAGUGCGGCCGAUAUAAAACCAAUUGAGCAUGUUGAUGCUGAUUUUAAGCCACCAAAACCGACACUGUAUCAAGUGCAAUUGGGUAUGGGCUAUUUGGAGUUACCGCAAGUUGAAAUACCGCAACAAAAACUCGUUCACACAUUGCUGGUCAAUAAAAAUGUGUACAUCUUGGAUUGUCGAGUGAAUUUGUUUGUGUGGUUUGGGAAGAAAUCAACUCGACUUGUUCGGGCCGCUGCAAUUAAACUAUCACAAGAGCUAUUUAACAUGAUUAAAAGACCGGAAUAUGCAACGAUUACUCGUGUUCAGGAAGGUAACGAGAUACAGUUGUUUAAAGCCAACUUUAUUGGCUGGGAGGAAAUAAUCGCCGUUGAUUUCACACGAACGGCACAAUCGGUGGCCAAGACGGGAGCCGAUUUGACCAAAUGGGCCAAACAACAAGAAACUCGCACCGAUUUAGCAGCUUUGUUUAUGCCACGACAACCGCCCAUGCCACACUCGGAAGCAAUGCAACUUGAAGAAGACUGGAACUACGACCUUGAGGCAAUGGAGUGUCUGGUGUUGGAAGAUAAAAAAUUCGUUCGAUUGCCCGAAGAGGAGUUUGGCAUUUUCUAUUCGGGCGAUUGUUAUGUAUUCUUCUGCAAAUAUGUCAUUCCACCGGAAGAAGAUGAGAAUGCGGAACAAUCAGACGCACCACCACCAGCCGAUGAAAUCCAUUGUGUCGUUUACUUUUGGCAAGGCCGUGAUGCUGGCAACAUGGGAUGGCUCACAUUCACCUUUACAUUGCAGAAGAAAUUUAAGGCCAUGUUUUCCGAUGACCUUGAAGUUGUGCGCAUUCAUCAACAACAAGAGAAUCUGAAAUUUAUGUCACAUUUCAAACGGAAAUUCAUCAUUAAAUGCGGCAAACGGAAAGAAAUCAUCGAUCCAGACAAGAAGAAAGACAAAGUCGAAUUUUAUUACCUUCGAUCGAAUGGUAGUGCUCUCUGUACACGACUCAUUCAAAUCAACCCAGAUGCAUCACAGUUGAAUUCAGCAUUUUGUUACAUUUUAUUUGUGCCAUUUGAGGGUUCAGACAAUGAAAAUUCAGGCAUUGUUUAUGUUUGGAUUGGCAAUAAAGCAGCAGCAGAAGAAGCAAAAUUGAUUCAGGAGAUCGCUGAAGAUAUGUUCAACAAUCCAUGGGUCAGUUUGCAGAUUUUGAACGAAGGAGAAGAACCAGAGAACUUCUUCUGGGUUGGUUUGGGUGGACGAAAGCCAUACGAUGAAGAAGCUGACUUUAUGCUAUACAGCCGACUGUUUCGAUGUUCAAACGAAAAAGGCUACUUUACCGUGGCCGAAAAGUGUUCCGAUUUUUGUCAAGACGAUUUGGCCGAUGACGACAUCAUGUUACUGGAUAACGGAGAGCAAGUAUUUCUGUGGUUGGGCUCGCGAUGCAGCGAAGUGGAAAUCAAAUUGGCAUACAAAUCUGCACAUGUGUACAUUCAACAUAUGCGCAUAAAACAACCGGAACGACCGCGCAAAUUAUUCCUUACGCUCAAAAAUAAAGAAUCAAAACGUUUUACAAAAUGUUUCCAUGGCUGGACGGCACACAAAAAGCAGCCAGAUUAAUAUCGGUGCACAUUUUUUUUUCUAUGUUCGACCAAUUUCAAAGCGUCACAUCAACAAUUAAAUAUUCUUUUUUUUUAUUUAAAAAAUAUCAUUCAUCAGCUGAAAAUCUCUCACGGUUCAACUUUGAUGUAUUAAUUUAUACAUAGCAAUAGAGAUUUUAUCCACAUUGUGUAACAUCUUUCUUUUUUUUGUAAUAACUAUGUAUGUCAUCCUACAAAAUUUUAAUCGAAUAGAAUAAAAAGUUUUUGCAUGCAAACACGCAAUUAAUGAUCACAAAA